AUGGUGACGCAACACUGCGAUAAGCGUAGCACACUACAGAUAUUCGAUCCUGGAAGGAGUGUAAUUAAUGAGGACUGCCCAUCAGCACAGAUUGGCACUGUUCAGCAAAAAAACCUGAUCAGCGAUAUCACGGUCAAUCAAGCGCUUCCAGCAAACAGGAAGAGCGCAGGAGAUCAGUUGGAUAUGCUGCUAGAGCAGCUGAAUACAUGUGUUGCACAAAAUCCACUUGCUCCAACGGAAGCAGGAGUAGUGUUUGUAUUCACUGAUGUUCCUUGUACAGAACUAUGCCAAAGCGCAAACUUACGAUCAGAUGCUCAAGUCAUCACAGAAACGCUUAUCACAAGGCAGCGUUUCAUCAUGAAGAUUAUGUUUUUGAGCGACGGCACAUCUGAAGCAGGUAAUUCACAUAAACUAUUGCAAAGAGUUGAUUACUAUAUCGUAGUACCCAAUCGUUAAAC